CUCGUACUUCCCUUUUCGAGACGGACGUAUUUUGUCGACGCACCGCCAAUGUCAGACCAACAGAGGCAGCCUUUUCCUCGUUUACUGACCUCGACUUUUAAAUCUACUUGAACUAUCUUCGCAUUUAAGCAGUACAAUGCUUUGAACAACGUAGUGUUCUUCUUCUUCAAAAGGUCGUUUUUCACCAAGUUGUCCGUACGCGCAAGUGGUGAGCGGACGUCGCCAAGAUGCGCCUGACCCUGCAAAUGUUGAUCUCCCACGGCCGAGUGGGCCGCAAGAUGGGGCUGGGGCCCAAGUCCCGCAUCGAUAUGCUGCGGAACAUCCUCACCGGGCUCGUGCGGCACGAGCGCAUAGAAACCACCGCGGCCCGGGCAGAUGAAGUCCGCUUCUACGCCGAGAAGCUGAUCGACUACGCCAAGAAAGGUGACACGGACGAGAAGGCGAUGAAGAUGGCAACUUUUUGGUUGACGGAGAAGGAUCUGGUCCCAAAGCUGUUCAAAGUGCUGGCUCCGCGGUUCGAGACCCAGUCGGAUGGCUACACGCGCAUGGCCCGCAUCCCCAACCGGCAGAACCUGGACCGAGCCAAGAUGGCCGUGCUGGAGUACAAAGGCAACCCUUUCCCGCCGCUCUACCCGGUCAAGAAACACAACCCGCUGACCCUCAUCAACCAGCUGCUCAGGGGCUACCGGGAGGACAAGGCCAACUCUGCCCCCCCUGCAGCCCAGUCAUCAACCACUGGAUAAAAACUUCCAAAUGAUAUUUUUCUUACGACCCAUUUGUUGAACAGCAGAUAAACUUAACUUACAAGGCGAAUACGUGCUCACUUGAACAGAGAAUGAGGCCAAACAAAGUUGUAGGUUAAAAUCCCAAUUGCAUUAUUCCUGCGUGGAAUUUUGAUGCACCAUCGUAUGAAAAGGAUGAAUGAAAUAUCAAUGGGGAAAAACAUGUUUGCAUUUAUUUUCCUUGGGAAAAGAUUUAAAGAGAAAAAAAUAAAGUUUGUAAAAGUCAAAAUAUUCUCGUUGUCCCAUAAAAGCACUGAAUUAUUGUUUUUCCCCCACUUUUUCAUUUUUUUAAAAAAAAAGCAUUUUGGAGGAAAUUUUUUUAGGCUGAGGUAGAAAUCUUUUUACAUCUACUUCUCACCCCCCCAAAAUAAGUUUUUAGAAAGCAAGAAACAUGCAGUAAAAUAGUAUAUAUUAAUACUGUGUAUUAUUUAAAUUUACCGUUUUGAAAUGUGACACCACCAAGAAAAAAAGUACAUUUAUCCUUCUGUUCAGGUGGCAGUACACCACCAUUUACAUUUUUUUUUCAUGAAUUUUUUUUUUUUUAAAGGUUGCUUUUUUUUUUUAAACAGUUUCUCAAAGGAAAUAACUUCCCCACUGUUAAUGAAGAAGAUUUUGGACGGUGGUGGUGGGGUCGGGGGGUCUUUUCAUGUGAAACAGCAGUAAGAAAUAUUUUUUUGAUGAACUUCGCAUUCAUUUUUUGGGUCCCUUUCAUGACUCAGAACAACUUUUCAUUUUCUUCAUAAAAGUAGAAUUUUAAAUGAGUUUGUCAAAGGCAGAAUAUUCUCAUUCAUUUGUCUAAAGGAAAAGGUUUAUUUGAUUUUGAGGGAGUUUUUCAUACGAGGAAAAAUACAUUUUUCUGUCCAAUAGGCAGUGGUAAGAACACUUUUCAUUUUGAGUUCCUUUGACUAAUAAAAAAAAAAACAAAAACGUGUGUACAUAGUUUGGAGGCGGGGGGUAAUAAUGAAAAUCUCAUUUACUCAUUUCUGUUUCUUCAAGGCAGCAAGCAGUAAAUAAGGGACAAACACAGAUAAGGCCUAUAGUAAACAGUUUUUAUUCUUAUUUUGGCAAAAAGUGAAUCAUAUCUACAGCAUAUUUGACACCAUUAAAAUGCAUUUGAACAGUGCUUCCUUCAGUGCUGUGUGCUCUUAACCAGAAAUGCUUUAAAAGAACAAAAACAAGCUGUGCUCUUCUUUAUCACGUGUACAUCAGAAUUCAUCUUGUGGUCCACUAGUGUGUUUGAUCUGGUUUCGGACUCACGGGAACAGAACAAUGCGCAAACGAUUGACAAAAUGGUGGACACGUCAAAAACCGAAUGCACCAAACGUGAUCACACAACCAAGAUUCUUCCUUCAAGUAUCGCUCUGACUUCAUGUACUCCACACUCACGCUCACCGUAGAUUAAAAGUGAAGGGUGGGAUUAAAAAAAAACAAUACAGCGUCCCCCCCCCCCCCCUCCCACUUAUCGCAGACCUUUCAGCAUUUUUUUUUAAACAGUAUCCAGGCCAAGUUUGAGAUUGGAGUUGUGCACCUUGUGCCGCAAAAUGUUGCAAAUCAUUGAGAAUAUAUGAUAGUUGUUGUAUGCUCUUUUUCUAUUGGCUCUGCUGCUGCUCAGCGAAAGUAAAUUUGCACUCGUUCGAAAGUUCGUAAUGUAUGUAUGACAUUUCAUUCUAGCAUUAAGCUAACGUAUGCUGGUUAGAUGCAAUAUGGUUUGGUGUCUAAAUGUUUAAUUUUCUAUUCUUCAUUGUGUCAAUUUUAUAGUAAACUUCAAGUGGGAGCGACAAGUGGAUGCUUUGCCUGCACUUCACGCGGUGUCGUCUUGAUUUUCUCAAAGUGAUGCUAUACAAUCUUGACAGCGAGAAAAUGACAAAAACUGCUUAAGAAUACCUUAGCAGUGCGCUUUGAUAAGGUCCAAUCCGUUAGAAGCAUGGGAACGUAUCCCGGUGACAAACGCGGGUUCGCUGUAUUACGAGUGCGAUAAAAAGUCACAAUCUUAUGAGAACCAAAUUGUAAUUUUGCAAGAUAGGAGAAAAAAAAAAGUUGGAUUAAAAACUUGUGUUGACCUCACUUGGUUUGAGGGUGACAGGAAGAGAUAUUCAUGUAUCCACACAAUACUGUAUUUUGACCAUUUUUUCCCCCUCCUUUUGACUCUUUUUUUUUCGAGCAGCAGAAGCUGGUGGUACAAUCAACACCAUGACGGGGUCGUAUUUACAUGGCUGCGCUUACAGCAUGUUCGCUAGCUGUGACUAUAACACUGCAGCAAGGUGACAUCACAAAUAAACAAGACCAGGAACAUUAAAGUGCUCCAUGCAGGACACAAAAUGUACACUUGUUGCACCCCCCACACCCCAACACACACACUGCAGUAGUAGUAGUAGUAGUUUGAUGUUAAACUGGAAAUUCAAACGUUCACACACACGUUUGCUGUUUCUAGAUGACGUCAGCUCCUCCAUGGGGUUAGGCGUGUCACGCUAAAUACAUUCAAAAGACUUUUUAUUUUUUAACACUUAAAGUGAUACCCUCAAGGCUGUACACCUUAAACGCUCGUCUUAUUUGACAAAUCUAAAAUCAAACCGUAAUUUGAUUUGAGCUCACUGAUUCGGAAGAUAAAGUACGAAGAGCUUGCUAAAACUAGCUGACUGAAUUGAAGAAUUGAGUCGUUGUAAGCACCCCAAAAAAAAAAACAAAACAAAAAAAACAACGGUAAUUUCGUAGAGGGAUUAUCUGAACUAUCGUUGCUUUUGGAAUUAGCAGAUCCUUUAGAUUGUUAGCAAAUUAACGAGAGCGUUCAUAUGAUUUUGUUAGCUAUGAGCUUGAAUUUGUUACGCCCCCCAAGAAACCAAAAAGUCCCAAUUUUACCAUGAAAAAGAUGCGAUUUUUGGAAAAACAAAACAAAACAAAACAAAAAAAAAAAAACAACAAACGUACAAGAACAACUACAAGUGAAAUUUGACCUUUCAGAGAAAGUCAAUUUAUGAGGGCAAAUUGGCAUAUUACGAAAGCGAAAAGUCGGCAGAAGAAAAGCGCUGAAAUAUUAUGAGAAAGUCGCAAUUUACUUGAAAUGUUUACGAGAAUAAGUUGUCACACUAUAGGUUGCAAUUUUCCCAAAAUAAAAUUGUAAUAAUACAAAAUAAUUAUAACUUUAACAUCAAUAAGUUCUAAUGCUCAGAAAAAGCGGUAUUUUUACAAUUAUAAUGUUGAACUCUCGCAAGAAAAUGCCUUUUAAGAUUAAAUUAACUGUACGAGAUAAAAAAAAAAAAUCACAAGAAAAUUUGGAAAAACUUGUAAAAAUCAAUAUAUUAAUACUGUUGUAAAAAGGUGGAAGCCCUUUUGCAAAAAUUGUAAUGUAACAAGAAUAGUUAGAUAAAAAGAAAAAAAAAAAUCAAGGUGAAACACUGGCAAAUAUUUCAAGAAAGUCAAUUUAUGAGGACAUCUUGUCAUAUUACAUACUGAAUAACACGUAAAAGUCAUAAUUUUCCAAGAAUACAGUUGUAAUAUUGCAAAAACGUAAUUAUUUUACGACACCAGUUGCAGUCUUCUGAGGGAAAAAAAUUACAAGUUUACAUUACAUUACAAAUUACAAGUUGUCAUGUAAUAUUACAAAAAAAAUCUAAUUUUCAAUAAAUAUGUCAAAAUUUCCUCAUGGAAUCUGAAAUUUUAUGAGCAAAAGGUGUCACAUUUUGAAAAAAACGUUGUGGUGUGCAAUUGAAUUUUUAGAGAAAAGUGGCAAUUCCUCCACAAAGAAACAUUUACAAUUAAUUGUCCUACAAUAAGUUUUCUUUCAAUCAUAAAUUGUACAAGAACAAGUAAUUUUACGAGAAUAAGUUAUCACACUAGAGGCUCAACGUUUCAAAAAUGUCACAAUUUUGGAAGGAAAAAAUGUCUAUUUAUAAAAGAUGUCAAAUGAAUGCUUUUCUUAAAAUGAGUCCUAAUUUUAUGCUGCAGAUGUUGCAAUAAAAAAAAAGGUAAUUCGAUGAGAAAGUGAGUAUUUUCAAGAGUAAAGUUACAAUAUUAUGACGGGAUGUGCUAAUGCCCUGCGAUUGGCUGGCAACCAGUUCAGGGUAUGAGCCCACCUACUUCUCAAUGACAACUGGGAUUGGCUCCAGCGUUCCCAUGACCCUCGUGAGGAUAAGCAGCUCAGAAAAUGGAUGGAUAAAUGCAAAUGCUAAUGCAAUUAUUUUGAAGGCUGAAGUGAGCAGUAAGUAUCAAAUGUUCUCUUAUCGUUCGUCACGAGUACCUUCCCCACCGUUGAAUUUGGCCGACAUCAAGUACUUUGAACUACUGCCGUGGACACAACACUGAUGCCUAUCGUGUGUAUUAAUAAAAAGUUGCGCGUUUAAUACACACAAUAAGCUAAUACUGUUUAUAGACAACGCGAAUGAGGAAUACAGUACAAACAUGCGUUAUUCCUUUUUUUUUUUUUUUUUUUUUU